UUCCCAGCCACAUAUUUACCAACCACUUCGAGCGCACGCGCAAUGCGCCUCCCUCUUUUAUCCUCUUCUUCCCCCACAUGCCUAAAAUUUUAGCGCAUUGCCAACCGCGGCACCGUUAUGGCCUGAGCGUUCUUGCCCCGAUCGCCGUGCAGCAUUUCAACAGACGGAUGCAGGCGGUCCGGCCGGACAUGGAGCAGCAGGUCACCGAGCUCCGCGGCGAGCUGCGCAAGGUGCGGGAGGAGCGCGACCGCGCCCACCGCGUGCUGGAGGUGACGGAGUGGAAGGCGCUGGACUCGGCCAACGACCGCACCACCAUCGAGACGCUGGAGGCGCGGCUGGACGCGUCGCGGGAGUCCGAGUCCCGGAUGCUCGAGUCGCUGUCGCUGCAGACCAAGCAGCUGGAGAUCACCAAGAUGGCGCUCGAGGAGGCCAGGAUCGACGUCGCGUCGCUAAGGGACACGGUGCAGCGGCUCGAGGCCAGCGCCGUCGCCGUCGCCGCCGCCAAGCCGAGGGGCCGCUACGACCGCGAGCUGCAGCGGGUCAGCGGCGAGCUGCGGGUGGCGCUGGCGGCGGAGGAGAAGAACAAGCGGGCCAUGGAGGAGCUGGUGCUGGCGCUCAAGGAGGUGAACGCGGAGCUGCACACCACGCGGCAGCAGCUGGCGCGCGCGCAGCACGAGUCGGAGACGGCGCGGCUCGAGUCCGACCGGCUGCACGUGUCCCUGAAGCGCAAGGACGACAAGGUCCGCGCGCUGUCCGACGAGGUGGCCCGGCUCCGCUCCGACGCCGAGGAGGCGUUCGCCACGUUCCGGGGCAAGGAGGCCGGGUUCACGGCGUGCAUGAAGUCCUCGGAGGCGGAGCUGGCCGCGUCCCGGCGCGAGAACGCGCGGCUGCUCGAGUCGCAGCGGUCCGGGCGGCACGAGGUGGCCAAGCUGCGGGACAUCCUGAAGCAGGCCGUCAAGGACACCAAGUUCGUCAAGGAGGCGCUGGAGGAGGCGAGGAGCGAGAACGCGGCGCUCAAGGAGAUGAUCGGGAGCAAGGACACCGCCGUCAAGAGCAGCAAGGAGGAGCUGGAGUGCCUCCGGGUCAGCGAGGCCGCGGCGCGCGACAGCGUCAAGGAGCUGCAGAGCCUGCUGGUGGCCGUGAGCCCCACCCCCACCCCGUCCGCGGCGGCGGGAGCGGGCAGGUCGUUCGACCUGGAGGUCGACCCGUCGUCGCCGUCGCCGCGGACGCCGACGGAUCAGCCGCCGCCCGAGGGCGAGAGCCGGCUGUCGGACGCGAGGAUGAAGCCGCCGCCGGACGGGUUCACGCUGCCGCGGCAGAUGUCGGAGAGCUUCGAGGGGUCGGUGUACGACAUCUUCGGGACGGUCGAGGAGCCCAAGGCCGAGAUGGGCGUCUUCACCAGGAUGCCGACGAUGCCUGGCCGGCGGCGCGUGGUCAUGCGCAAGGUCGGCAGCUUGUUCCGGUGGAAGAGUUUCAACAACAAAUAGCAACUUUGUGAUGCUGGCAGUGGGAUCGGUCUGCCGUGUAUAUGUUGUAUAAUGUCCUUGGUAUUGGUAGUUUUUUGUUGGCUAAUUGGCGUCUUUGUUCCGGUGGGCGGGAUAUUUCGUUGCCUAGUGAUAAAAAUUGCUCUUGUAAGUGACUAAGUGUGUAUACGUGAUCACCUGAAUACUGCUUGGAAAUGCUAUUUUACAGCGCCGGCGCGUGACAUGUCAA